CUAGGCAAACAGGUAGGCGCCAGAGAUAACCAAGAAAAACAGAAAUGGGCACAGAGCAUGCGCUAGCCAUGUCCGUAGCCUUUUUGCAUCAAGAGCAGCCCUGGCCGCGGAGCCCCCCUCUCCCACCACCACCCGCGGCGCCCGGGCGGCGCCUGGAUGGAUCGCCCUCUGGCGGUGCGCUUUGAUGGGGGAGCGAUGGCUCGAAAUCGGAUUCUUCGUCGCGGCGUGGUACCUCACCUCGUUCAGCACCCUCCUGCUGAACAAGCACCUCCUGGGUGCUCUGCACAUUCGGCCCAACACGCUGGCGGUGGUGCAGAUGGUAUCCACCGCCAUCUACGGGGCGGUGAAGACCGUCGACUUCGGGAAGUGUGCACGAGACGCUGUGGAGGUCGCGAGGCGCGGCGGCCUGGCGGCAGACAAGGGCGGUGACGUGGAGGAGGCCCACUGCGAGGGCGGCGCGAAGGCGGGCCACGGCCGCAGCCGCCUGAGGCGCAGCCUCGCGGAGAUGGGCCUCGUUGGCGCUAUGCGGUUCGCAACGGUUGUCCUCGGCCUCGUCAGCCUGAACCACGUGGCGGCGUCGUUCACCGAGACGAUAAAGGCCUCUGCGCCGUUUUUCACCGUGAUCAUCGCUUACCUCAUGCUGGGCGAGGCCACGACACCCAAGAUCGUGUUGUCCCUGGUACCCGUCGCUGGAGGGCUGGUCCUGGUCUCGUACUCCGAGCUGUCGUUCAACGUGAUCGGCUUCGGGGCGGCCGUGGCAACCAACGUGAUCGAGUGUGUGCAGAACGUGUUCAGCAAGAGGCUCCUGACCAAGGACUACACAGCCACACAGCUGCAGUUUUAUACGUCGUUGACGGCGCUGGUUCUCCAGGGCCCGAUCUUCCUGCUCCUCAGGGAGGGCGGCCCUGGCGCCGCCUUGCCCAGCAGCACCACCAUGAGCCUCGGCGGCAUCGGACUCGCAGACAUUGACGUCAACGAGACCCACGAGUCCUUGACACCUGCGUCUGAGGGCGAGCUAUCUUCCAGCGGGCUAGGCAACGGAACCCUGUUCCUGCUGUGGAUCGACGGCGUGUUGUACCACGCGCAGUCCGUCGUGGCCUACGUGGUCAUGUCGUACCUGUCGCCGGUGACCGUGUCGGUGGUCAACACGCUGAAGCGCGCGCUGCUGAUCUGGAUCAGCGUGUUAGUGUUCGGCAACGAGGUCACAGCAAUGGGCGUGGUCGGCACCCUGAUAUGCUUGUCAGGAGCGCUUUGUUACAACGUCGCGAGGCAGAGCCCUGCGCCGAAAAACAAAUGAGGCGCGCGGGUGGGGGGCGCUGGGCGGCGGGGCGGGG